GAUGCAAUUUUGCCAGUCUCUUAAUUCCGAAGGAGAAAAACUGAAAAAACCCAAAAUCCACAACCUCUAAAACCCUAAAAACUCAACCUCCAACAUCUCCAGCCUCUCAGUUUCUAGUGGGCACAAAACCUUCUUACGCCCACCAAGAAACCGUCUUUCCUCUUCCUCCUUCAACAUGCCGACUAUCACCGACAGUACCACCAAAUCCGACAAGAAGAUCAAGAACAAAGACCACAAAAGAAAGCUUCAAGAUCAAGAACAACAACAACCUGAACAAGAACAAGCAGAAGCACCCAAAAAAGACAAGAAAAAGAAGAAAAAAGAAAAGCUUGAACCAGAAACUGUAAAUGGAAACGAAACCUCAAAUGGGUCAGAAGAGUUGAGUGAAAAAAAGAAGAAAAAGAAGCAAAAGAAAGAAGAAAAAGAAGAAGUUAAGGAAGUUAAUGGCGGUGUGGAUGAGGUUAGAGAAAGUGAGGAUAAUGUUGUGGUUUCUGGGAAGGAUAUAAGUGAUUCAAAGUACAAAGCUUUGAAUACUUUUGCAGAAUCUAAUCUUUCUGAUCAACUGUUGGAGUGUUGUAAGAAUUUUAGUAAACCCUCGCCGAUUCAGUCGAAUUCUUGGCCGUUUUUAUUACAUGGGCGUGAUUUUAUUGGGAUUGCUAAAACUGGGUCAGGGAAAACUUUGGCAUUUGGGAUACCUGCUAUGAAUCAUAUUUUGAAUAAGAGGAAGAAUAAAAGUAACAAGAAAGUGACUCCACUUUGCCUUGUGCUUUCACCAACAAGAGAACUUGCUCAACAGAUUUAUGAUGUUCUAUCUGAUGCUGGGAAACCUAGUGGUGUUCGAUCAGUUUGUGUUUACGGAGGAACUUCAAAAGGGCCCCAAAUUUCUGCUCUAAAAUCUGGAGUGGAUAUCGUUAUUGGAACCCCCGGACGAUUGAAGGAUUUAAUAGAAAUGGGAGUGUGCCAGCUACAGGAGGUCUCUUUUGUGGUGCUUGAUGAAGCCGAUCGGAUGCUUGAUAUGGGAUUUGAACCAGAAGUCCGUUCCAUUCUUAGCAAAACAAGUUCUGUUCGUCAAGUUGUAAUGUUUAGUGCAACUUGGCCCUUAGCCGUGAAUCAACUCUCUCAGGAAUUUAUGGAUCCGAAUCCCGUUAAGGUUGUUGUAGGAUCAGAGGAUUUGGCUGCCAACCAUGAUGUCAUGCAGAUAGUCGAGGUGUUGGAGGAUCGAGCACGUGAUGAACGUUUAGUUACAUUGCUAGAGAAAUACCACAAGUCAAGAAGGAACAGAGUUCUGGUCUUUGUAUUAUACAAGAAGGAAGCAUCUCGGGUUGAGAAUAUGUUACAAAGAAGGGGUUGGAAGGUUGUUUCCAUUAGCGGUGACAAACAACAAAAGGCGCGUACCGAGGCACUUCAAUUAUUCAAGGAUGGUACUUCUCCUCUAUUGAUCGCUACAGAUGUAGCCGCUAGGGGGCUGGAUAUUCCAGAUGUUGAAGUUGUAAUUAACUACAGCUUCCCGUUGACCACAGAGGAUUAUGUCCACAGAAUUGGAAGAACGGGUCGGGCUGGUAAAAAGGGCGUUGCACACACUUUCUUCAUGAAGGAGAAUAAGGCACUUUCUGGUGAGCUGAUAAAUGUUCUUAGAGAAGCAGGACAGAAUGUACCGACAAACCUUUUGAAUUUCGGAACUCAUGUUAAGAAAAAGGAGUCGAAGCUCUACGGAGCCCAUUUCAAAGAAAUUUCUGCAGAUGCACCGAAGGCUACCAAGAUUACAUUCGACUCUGACAAUGAAGAUUAACUGCAAAAUUUUGACCAAAAAUCAUAUGUUUUUAUUGUAAUCUUUGGAUAAUUUUGAUUAAACUCAUACUACUAUUGCAAUUGUCUGUUUACUUCAUAGUAUUUUAUAUAAUUA